CCUUCCUUCUUUCAGUCCUCAUUCAACAACUCGAGCCCAACUUCUCUUCUCUUCCUUCUCCAUGGCGUCUCCUCUGCUAAGACUUGCUCUCUCUCCUAGCCCUAAAUCGAACAACGUAAUCCUACUCCGUCCCGUCAGAUUGCUCCACCAUCUCGGUCCCCUCCGCGGUGGCCUUGGCGGCCUCGGCAGCGGCGCGGGAAGGUCGGUUUCGAAGUCGCUGAGAUUAGUCCGAGCAAAGGCCGUGGAGUUUGGAGCAAAGGAGGGGGGUAUCCAGCAUCAGGAUGCAAGAAACACGACAAUUCUCUUGGAGGUUGGGGGUAUGAUGUGCGGCGCCUGUGUCUCCCGUGUGAAAUCGAUAUUGUCUGCCGACGAUCGGGUCGAAUCGACGGUCGUCAACAUGGUCACCGAAACGGCGGCGUUAAAGCUGAGAGAUGGAGUUGAAGAGGAAGGGGAGGAAAGAGUGGCCGAGGAGCUUGCUAGGAAGUUGGCGGAUUUUGGCUUUACGGCUAAGAGAAGGAGGUCGGGACAGGGGGUGGGGGAAAACGUGAGAAAGUGGAGGGAGAUGGCGGAGAAAAAGGAGAUAUUGCUUGCAAGAAGUCGGAAUAGAGUAUUUUUUGCCUGGACGCUGGUGGCUCUGUGCUGCGGAUCGCAUGCUUCGCAUCUCCUGCAUUCUCUUGGAAUACAUAUUGCACAUGGAUCGUUUUGGGAUUUGCUGCAUAACUCUUAUUUGAAAUGCAGUAUUGCAGCUGCUUCUUUGCUUGGACCUGGUAGAGAUCUCCUUUUAGAUGGUCUCAAAGCAUUCAGAAAAGGCUCACCAAAUAUGAAUUCUCUUGUGGGUUUUGGAUCAAUUGCUGCAUUCCUGAUUAGCUCUGUUUCACUUGUGAACCCAGGCCUAGAAUGGGAGUCCUUCUUUGAUGAGCCGGUCAUGCUUCUUGGUUUUGUACUUUUGGGACGUUCUCUUGAAGAAAGGGCCAGGCUCCAGGCUUCCAGUGACAUGAAUGAACUGCUGUCUUUGGUCGCUACUAAGUCACGAUUAGUGAUAACUUCAUCUGAAGAACCCACAUCACCUGAUAGCUUUCUAAGUGCUAGUUCCGUUAGCAUUGAAAUCCCAACUGAUGAUGUCCGGAUCGGAGAUUCACUUUUGGUGUUGCCUGGGGAAACCAUUCCAGUUGAUGGAAAUGUUCUUGCAGGAAGAAGUGUUGUUGAUGAAUCCAUGCUAACUGGAGAGUCUCUUCCGGUGUUGAAAGAAAAAGGUUCACCCAUUUCUGCCGGAACUAUUAAUUGGGAUGGUCCCCUAAGGAUUGAAGCCUCAACAACUGGUGCCAUGUCAACAAUCUCCAAAAUUAUUCGAAUGGUUGAGGAUGCACAGGCAAAGGAAGCCCCCGUUCAGAGACUUGUAGAUUCGAUUGCUGGGCCUUUUGUUUACACUGUAAUGGCUUUAUCAGCUGCUACUUUUGCUUUUUGGUAUUACAUCGGAACAGACAUUUUCCCAGAUGUACUGCUGAACGAUAUUGCUGGUCCUGAAGGGCAUUCCCUGCUUUUAAGCUUGAAACUAGCUGUUGAUGUGUUAGUAGUCUCCUGCCCAUGUGCGCUGGGUCUUGCUACACCUACGGCUAUCUUAGUUGGCACUUCUCUGGGGGCUAAACAGGGACUUCUUAUAAGAGGAGGAGAUGCUUUAGAGUGUUUAGCAGGCGUUGAUAUUGUGGCGUUAGACAAAACUGGGACACUCACAGAAGGAAAGCCUGCAAUUACAGCAAUUGCUUCUUUGGUUUACAAUGAAACUGAAAUUCUUCGACUUGCUGCUGCUGUGGAGAAAACGGCAUGUCACCCCAUUGCAACGGCGAUCUUAAACAAAGCUGAAACUUUGAGGUUACAACUACCUAGUACUAGAGGCCAAUUAACCGAACCUGGUUUUGGCUCUAUGGCAGAGAUUGAUGGAUCUCUAGUUGCUGUCGGCAAUAUGGACUGGGUUCAUGAACGUUUUCAGAGGAAAAUAGCUAAAAAGGAAUUGAUGGAUCUCGAAAAUCAUUUAGGUUACGUUUCAUCCAAUUGGGCACCAUCAUUGAAUCAGUCAAGUUCAGUAGUUUAUGUGGGCCGUGAAGGAGAAGGCAUCAUAGGUGCAAUAGCAAUCUCGGAUACACUUCGUCUUGAUGCAAGUUCAACUGUGAAGAGGCUUCAGGAGAAGGGAAUCAAAACUGUCCUCGUAUCAGGUGACAGGGAAGAGGCAGUGGCUGAUGUGGGAAGGAUGGUUGGGAUUGAACUUUUAAGGUCAUCUGUAACUCCCCAACAAAAGUUUGAUUUCAUAUCGAGCUUGCAAGCUGAAGGAAAUCAUGUUGCGAUGGUUGGGGAUGGCAUAAAUGAUGCGCCAUCUUUAGCACUUGCUGAUGUUGGAAUUGCUUUACAAAUUGAUGCCAAAGAGAACGCAGCAUCAGAUGCAGCUUCUGUAAUACUUUUGGGUAACAGACUCUCUCAGAUUGUCGAUGCUUUAGAUCUUGCUCGGGCAACUAUUUCCAAAGUGCAUCAGAAUUUAGCAUGGGCGGUUGCAUACAAUUUUGUUGCCAUACCAAUUGCUGCAGGAGUACUACUACCACAAUUUGACUUUGCUAUGACACCAUCACUCUCAGGAGGGUUAAUGGCGUUGAGCUCCAUCUUCGUUGUCUCUAAUUCUCUGCUUCUGAGGCUGCAGUUUUCUGACAGGAAGAGGGAACUGCGCUAGCUAAAGAAAGAUGGUUCUGUGAUUUCCCCUCCAACAAUUUAUUCUUUCCACAAUAUAUUGGUUUCUUUGUAUAACUAGUUCUCAUUCACCUGCUUUGCCUGUAUUGUCAUUUAAAUAAUUGAUUGGCCAAUAAAAGCUUGAUCUUAGGUUUUGUUUGAAUUUGAAUAAACCAUUGACAUAACUGCUCCUUGGAACUUGUCCAACCUUAGUGAAGUUAGCCAGCAAAUUCAUGUUGAUUCACUUCGUACUUGAAAAUCACUAAUAUCAAAUAUACUAUACUACAGUUUACUACCUGAGCAAAAUUUCAUCCAACGUUACUAUACUACAACUUAAAUCUUUGAACAAAAUAUCAAAUAUACGGGACGAGCAGGGCAGCUGGUUGAGCGAAAAAAUUCCUCCCCCGGCUCCCAUGUUCGAUCCCUAACUCCAAAAAAUAAAAAAAUAAAAAAUAAAUAAAUAAA